AAUUUAGGUGAUUUUAACCUGUCCAUGUUAGAUUAGUAUCGUCGGAUAUGGUGGGAUGUUCAUUCGUUUUUUGAAUUGUAUUUUCGAGAGUCGGCUGAAUUCUUGACUCUUGUACUUGGCUUCUCAAAAUAAUACUUUUUGAAACGUAACAAGCACUAUUUUUAAUAUUUACAUUGAUAUUUUUCAAGAUUCUCAUCAGUUAAUAAUAUGAAAACAAAAUGCACCUUUGAGAAAAGUAUAGCUGUUAACUUAUCACUGAUAUUCUCCACAUGUUUAGGUAAGUAAAUAUGAAAGUAUGUCCAUGACAACAAAUGCCUAGCAACAGAAAUGUUUCUAAUCUAUCUAUGCAUUCAUUUGUGUAUCAUUGUAUGUAUAGAAGUAUAAAUAUGUUUUAUCUAUCUAUCUACUUGUAUAUCCAUCUAUCCUUCCAUCCACCCACCCAUCUAUCCAUCCACCCACCAAUCCAACCAACCACCCAACCCACUACUUUCCUGACAAACCUACCUACCUAACUACAUAACCUAACCUACCUACCUACAUGCCUACCUACCUACCUGCCUGCCUGUCUGCCUGCCUCCCUGCCCACCUACCUACUUAUCUACCUGCCUACCUUCCUACCUACCUACCACCCACCAAUUUAUUAAGGUACACAUACACUUGAUUAUCCAUAUUCAGAUGCCAAUGGGAACUGAACUUAAAGUAUCAACUCCUUUUGGCCGGAGGUCCCCAUUUCAAUUUGCCUUAAAUACGUUUUUUUAAAAAUAUCAAUAGACUUAGACAACAGUAUAUGUUAUGUGUGAAUUGAUGGAUAGAGGCCUAGCUUGUUAGCAAUACACUUCAUAAUACGCAUUGACAUAUCAGUGGAUUUAAAUUGAUAAUAUAUCCGGUCGAUUUAGGACCGGGCUAGUCUUUUUCAUAAUAAUUGAACGACUGCAUUGAGAUAUGUAAAGAAAAAGGUAAAACAAGGUAGGUUAAAGCUUGAAUUAGCACACAGGACAAUAAGAUGUGCACGUUUGGUUUUAGAGCCUUUUUCAGUGAACAGGACAAAUAAAAGUACGACAAGAAACAGAGCACAGUAAAAAAAAAAAAAAAAAAAAAAAAAAAAAAAAAAAAAAAAAAAAAAAAAAAAAAAAAAAAAAAAAAAAAAAAAAAAAAAAAAAAAGUUAAAGCUUGAAUUAGCACACAGGAAAAUAAGAUGUGCACGUUUGGUUUUAAAGCCUUUUUCAGUGAAAAGGAAAAAAAAAAGUACGAAAAGAAAAAGAGCAAAGUAAAAAAAAAAAAAAAAAAAGAAACUUUUGAGAUCUCUUUUUUUGUUGCUGAAAGUGAGUUACAGGAAGUGAAAGAAUAUAAAUAUUUGUACUGUGAAAAAUAAGGUCCAUAAUUUAAAUCAAAUUACUAUAAAAUGAAUUUAAGACGCAUAUAAACACUAUGGGUGCAUUUAUAUAUGGAGACAUAUAUCCCAGACUCAAUCAUUUUAGAAAUUGGAAAAUAGAAGUUUAGAUAUUUGGUUUUACACUUUUUAAAAUCAAAUGUAUAGGUUCAUCGCAAAAGUGCGUAUACUUUCCAUGAGAUUACAAAUAUUACCGACCUGAAGAUGUAUAUAUAUAUAUAUAUAUAUAUAUAUAUAUAUAUAUAUAUAUAUAUAUAUAUAUAUAUUGCUUUAAUAUAUAGAAAAUAAAUAUAUUAUAUAGGCCUAUUGUUGCGCACUGACUUGUAUUGGGAGAAAUUAAUCUCCUAUUUUAAUUUUAAUUGGCUCGUUGUAAACAGUGCCUAACAUAGGACGAUACCAUUGAGUCAACAACUUUAAAGAUAAGACAACCAAAACAGUUUCUAGUUACAAUUAAUUAAGAUUUAUUAAGUCUUAAGAUAAUUACAAAAGAAAAGAAAAUAUAAUGACAAUCUUCAACUUACUGUAUGGUAGAUCUUGUACCGGUACACAGUUAAUACAGUUAGAAUAAUGUGCCAAUGAAUAAUGCGAAAUAAACACAUAUGCGCACACAAAUAAACAAAGAAUAAAACACGCCUCGCAAAGUUAAUAAAUCUAUCUGAAUCUCCGUCCCCCCGUCCGUGCCUGUCAAUCCCUUAUAUAGGUCACGUAAGCCCUGCCUUCUAGAAAACUUAUGACGUUUCUAGAACAAUCAUAUUCAUUCUACAAAACACUAUUUGGAACAGAUUAAUUAUUUUUAGUAGCUGGCGGCAUAAACGCUAAUUUAUUUAUUUAUUUAUUUAGGCAUUUUUUAUAUAGUGCUUACCUUAAAGCUGUAAACGCUUUACAAUUAUUAAAAACAUGUAAACUAAGUAAAAUGAAAAUGAGACACUAGGAUAGUAACUACUAUACUAUACGAACAAUUAAAAUGGCUAUAAAACGAGGACACUUUGACACGUUUUGGCCUAUACUACAGGAACAGAAAAUGAGGCAGGGCAAGGAGGGUGCAUCACAGGUCAUAAGCGGACCUAAACAGAUGGGUUUUAAGGGACUUUUUAAAAGUGGACGAGGUUUCACAAUGACGGAUAUGAUCAAAGGACUAAGCCACACCCCUCUGUGAACACAGCGUCUCAUGCGGGGUCAAUCAUAGGGCACGCACGAGAAAAAUUAUGUAAACAAGCUCUAUAUAACACCCAUCUAAAUAUAUAUUUCUCAAUUGUAGGAAAGAAUUAUUGUUUGUCUGAUGAUACAUUAAAUCAACACCCGACUAAUUUACAAACUAAAAAAAAAUUGUUUUAAAGAUUGUGAUUUAGUGUUGAAUUUUUUGGCAAUGUUUAAAAUUAAUAAAACAAUAAUACAUGUUUAAGAAACACUUCAACAUAUACAGACGUUAUUAACACCAUAAGUCUUCCAUUUAUACAAUUUAACUUCCUAUCAUUUCUUCUAUAAUAGUAAUAUGAUACUUGACUGUUAUGUUUUUCUUUGUUUUGUUUAUUUUAAAUUGUGACUAAGAAUAUAAAACGUGUCAAUAUAUCCCAUAAUUUUUUUUCAAUUUGUUUCUUCUUACAGUUUGCAUACACUGUCAAAAUAUUAAUCUUACAUACACUGCAACAGAAUGUGCUCAUGGUUUUAUUAAAGAAGGCGAAGACGUUAGUCUACAGACAUUGAUAAAUAAAGAUAUUGACAACAUUAGCAAUGCACAAAUGGUUUGGAAAUCCGCAAACAGUUCUAUUUUUAAACAUGUAUGUUUAAAAAAUAAUAAAUUAUAUAAUUUUCUUUGACUCUGAUUUUCAUUUUUGUGUCAGUCUAUAUGUCUGCUUUUAUCCUUUUCUUUCCUUCAAUUAUUCUUUCCAUAGGUCUGCAUCUGUCUAUGUCUAUUACGCAAAAAAAUUAUCAAAGUAUAAAAUUACUUUUUAAAAUUAUUUUUAAUAUGCACAUAUAUAUGUAUAUAUCAUAAUAUAUGUAUCUAAUGACACAAAUCGUGUAUACUUUAAGUUUGUUAUAUAAAAACAAUAUAGUUUCCUUAAGUGCUUCAUACAAUGCAACUAUUUGUUUUCCUUAUGGGUUUAUUAACAUUAAAAUAUUAGCCUUAUUUGUAUUUAAAAUAUAACAAACACAUUUAACUGUUUUUUUAUUUGUAUUUUUCAGUUUAGAACAUUUAAUUUGACUAAUUCGACUGAAGAUUAUGAAGUUCAUCACACAUUGAAAAAUGCUAAAAUCUUUUAUCGCAUCCCUGCAGACAUGAUUUACAGUGGUGCACAUUUUGUAGCUAAAAUUCUUCUUUCUGAUUCAAGGGAAUUUGAAAGUCAAAUUCUAAAUUUUCCUCACAUAUAUAGUAAGUUACCUUUUUAUAAUAUUUUUUUUUAUAGAAAUGUGUACAUAAGGUCACUUACCUCAUUUUCCAUAAGCUGAUUAUUUAAAACGCCGGAUGUCCGGUUAGCAACAAUUAUUUUAAAAUACCCUACAUUAUGUGCUCGAUAUGGCAUUGAUUUUUGACAUCAGUCAAAUGUUCAUAAACACUGUGGGGAUAGUGGACCAUUCAAAUUUAAUAAAACGUCAUUUGUUUACAAAUAAAAGUUAAGUACAUUUUUUUUUAAAAACAAAACUAGGUAACGCAAUUUUUCGAUGGGAUAUUCUGUAUUACAAAACUUUAUAUUGGAAUCAGACAUAUGUGAGGGAAAAUGUGCAGCAAUCAUAGAAAAACUAUUUUUGUUACAAAAUAGAAGCGUGGCAAUUUUUUUUAAAAUGUUAAUUCUUUUUAGCUUUUCAAAUUGAUGAGGAAGUGGCCUCUAUCUGAAUUGGUAUAAAUCGAAACUCAUUUUGUAAUAGCAGUGCUCUACACUUCAAUACAAGAAAGACUUUUACGAUUAAAUAUGCCAUUACAUUAUUUAUUUUACGUAACACUUAAAAUUUAUUUUAAUCUUAAUCGCAUUUUCCAAGUGUAAUUUUUUAAAAAAUAUUUGACAUAUGGUUGUGCUGGAAAAUCUUUGAUUUUGGAGCGGUGAUGUGAAUCGUAAAUUUGGCAACCAGUGAGUUAUGAAUUUAUAUAUAUAUAUUUAGUUGGAAUAGUUUAUUAUAUAUAUAUAUCUUUUAAAAUUUAAUUCAAGAAAUUUAUUCCAUACGGAUUUUUAAAAAUUCCUCUUUUUUUUUAAAUUCACCCUUACAGAUGGUAUCCCUGAUACAAUAAAGCUAUUUAUAAAUGGAAAUGAAACGAUAAUGAAUGAAACAAAUUGUGAAAUAGCCUUAACUGGAUGUGAAACAAACUUCUUGUCAUCAGCGUGCGAUAUCAACAUCCUUUUUGUGUGUGAGAGUCAGCAUGCUCCAUGUUUGAUAGAGCUUUAUACCGACAAAUCGUAUAAGGUUGUGAAAAGAAAAAACUAUGCGGAGUAUCACUUACACUACAUAGAGUCAGAGAACAUCAUUCUCUACAUGAAUUAUGAUCUCUGUACAUUUUCAGACAGGUAUAAAAAAAAGCAGUGUAAAAUAAAAACAGGUAAUAAAAUAUAUAAUAAUAAUAAUAAUAGGUCUUAUAUAGCGCGGUACCCCAGCCUAGGGCUGGGCUCACCGCGCUGUACAUAAUCAUGAUAUUAAAAUAAAAAACAUUUAUGAAAUAAAGAACAGCAAUGUAUAUUCACCCACCCCACCACAUAACUUUUAAAAGGCAAACCAUGGACGGCUGCCAGCAUGAUCAUUUAUCGGUCAGAGGAGGGGAAUCAGUCAGGGUAGUUUAAUUUAAAAAGAUAUGUUUUGAGUGCAGCUUUGAAGGCCUGGGUGGUUGGUAUAUUGUGUAUGUGUAGUGGCAAAGAAUUCCAUUGUUUGGGGGGCGCAUAAAGAGAAAGAUCGUUCACCAUAUGUUUUAGUAUGUGUCUUGGGAACGGACAGAAUACGCGUGACUGCAGAGGAGGGAAGCUGUCGAAGGGGUCAAUAGACAGAAAGAAUAUAGUAGUCAUUGAAUUAUAGGGUCGUUAUAUUAUAAAUGUGUGUAACUCAAUUUUAGUAUUAAUCAUCAAAUGUCAUUUUGAAAAAAUAACCUUUAUACAUUCGUACGAACAUUGUUGGAAUGUAUCAAAUUAACAUACCAUCUUUGAAAUCUCAAAAAAGUAAUAAGUUAAACUUCAUAGAUUGUUGUUUUUUUUUUGGUAUGUUUUUUCAUUUGUAUACAACCAUGCUAAACCAUGUUACACAAUUUAUGGUUAUGUAUUAAUAUUAUCAAUCGAAAAAGACUUUUACUUUCUUAAAAUAUGUAUGUGUAUUGUAUUUUUCUAAAUAUUAAUCAUGAACAUAUUGAAAUUUAAGGAGCUAAUAAGUUUAAAUCUUUAAAUUGUUAAAGAGAAAGAAACACUGAAUACAGGAAAGUUGACGUAAAACAAAACAAAGUGGCGAUUCGUAUUAUGUCUGUGGUCGACUGUUUCCUUUUCCAUUUGCUUUUGGAAGCAAAUUUAACGAUCAAAACAAAAGAAUGUGAUCUACAAAACUUUUAAUUGCGUUAUUUAUCUUUAAUAAGAUAUUACUAUUCAUAUACUUUCAAGAAAAUUAAUAAAUUUUAAAAACAAAUCUUAUUUCAUUUGUUUGUAAUCAAAGGACAAGUAAAAAAAAAACAACAACACAAAAAGUAGGCCACAGUAAGAAAGUUUUGUUAAAUUCUCAUUGUAAAAGUUAAAACUUCCAUGCUGGAUAUGUAUUGCUAUUAAAGUGAAGUGGGUAGAUUAAAUCAACAUUAUUAUUUGAUUUUCUUUUUUCCCAGAAAAAAGCAACUUUUCACAUGACGAUCCUCCCGACUGGCAAACUCCUUGUAUAGCAAUGGUUGUUUGUAAUAUAGUAGUAAUUGUUUUGGAAUUUAUUCUUUGGUAAGUUUAUCUUUGACCAAAUCUUUGGUGUAGCCAUGGGCACAAAAAAGGGUCCAAGCUAUGCUUGCAUAUUCAUGGGUCAUUUUGAAUAUAUGGUAGAGAGGGCAUAUAUUGGCCGUAUUCCUGAAUUUUAUAGGACAUACAUGGAUGACGGCAGAGGUAUUACCAGCAUGGAAAGUAAUAAUCUCCAAAAAUUUAUGGAUUUUUAAAACUCAUUUCAUCUAUCCAUGAAAUUUACUUCUCAAAUAUCUGGACAUUCUGUCAAAUUUCUUGAUUUCAUCAUAACAUUGAAAGAAAUGAAUCACAUCUGCCUACUACAAACCAACUGAAAGCCAUUUACAUUUUGUACACAUCCUCCCACCCCAAAUCAUGCAAAGAAUCAAUAACGUUCUCACAACUUCUUAGACUAUGGCGUCUCUGCCAACUCGAUGAAGAAUUUUUGGAAAGAUCAGAUAAAAUGAUUGAUUUCUUCAGCUCCAGACCCUUUCCUGAAACUACUCUUGUCUCAGCAUAAGCCGCAUAAGCGCUUAAACACGAAAAGAUGCUUUCAAACCCCGUCAAAAAUCAAUGAAGAUCGUACCAAACUUAUGCUAACCUAUCACCCUCUUAAUUUAACAGUCAAAAAAUAUAUUUCUAAAUUAUGUAGUAUACUUCUUGCUGACCACGAUACUAACAGGGUAUUCUCAUCCUCUCCACUGAUUGCUUUAAUACGAGACAAACAUCUAGGUGACCUUCUGGUUCAAACUAUCCUUCGAUCUGACCCUUGUUAUUUUAAUACUAAAACAUGCUGUAGGGCUUUUCACUUUACACUCCAAACUGAAAGCAUUUGCCUUCCUAAAGGUACCUUUAAUAUCAAAGAGGGUUUCACUUGCGUCAGCCGUAAUGUAAUAUGUGCGAUUGUGUGCCAUAGAUGCCACUCUAGAUACUUAGGUGAAACUGGGAGAAGAUUGGCUGAUAGCUUUACUGAACAUCUCCGAAAUAUUGAACAAGGUAAACUUUCCCAAGUCUCUACAUUUGAACAGAGAUGAACGUAAUGAUGCAUUAGAUGUAACCAUUGUGGCACUGAUUUCAUACAGUAUCACACCAAAGAGGGUUAAAAUGGAAAAUAAAUUUGUUCAGCUGUUUGGCAUCAUAUUUCCACAUGGUAUUAACCAAAUAUUAUCCUACUAAUGUUUCUUUGUUUCCCUAUAUUUUAACUAUUUUCUUAUAGCUAUGUAUUAAUGUAUCCAUGGAUAUUUUAGGCCUUUAUUAUUUUGGACCUUUUUUUCACAAUGUCAAUAUUAAUAUUCUCUAACUUCCUAUCAUCCUACUUCCGACAACAGCAUUGAAUAUUUCUUGGAUUGUUUACUGUGCUCUGUUCAUUUGGGAUAUUUCCAUUUGUCCCAUGCAGUGAAGAAGGCUCCAUGCCGAAACGUUCAAAUCGUGUCGUUCUGUCCGUUCUGUCAAGCUUCAACAAAGUCUGAUUUGCUAUUAAGUUUAACUUAAUAGGAAAGUUUAUUUCAGGAACAUAUAUAUAUAGACAUUUUUUUUUAAACUAGAUAUUUUAGUGUAGCAAUACCACCCAUAGAUAAUUUAAACAAAAAAUUAAACUCUAAACAAAUCCGUAACAAGUUUUUUUACAGAGUACAGAUAAUUUGAACUAAGCAUAUUACUUAAUAACAUUGAUUUGUUUAACCUUAAAUUAAUAUGUUUAAACAUACACAUAUUUAAAUAUAUAUAUACAUAUAUAUAUAUGUUUGUAUAUCAUUCUUUUAAAGCUUUGUGUUCAAGCGGGUAAAAAGGACACAUAUCUGCCAGGUAAACUUUACGUCAUUUAAAAAAUAAAUAUAACAAUGUUGCAUAUAUGUAAAUCUAUUCUAAAAAUAACAGUCAGUUUAUUAUUAUUAGUUCAUUAUUUUAGUUCAUUACAUUCACUUUUUUUUUGUUAAAAAAAAGGAAUUUGCAAUCAAUAUAAAUUCAAAAAAUGAAAUGAGUGUCACAUACACCAGAAAUGUGUCUCAAGAUCACUUUUGUUUGUUUUGUAUUUAGUUCUUUGACUGUGCUUUCUCUCUUAGCGUUACUACUUGACAAUUUCCUUUAAGCAAUUUAGAGUACGUUAUCACACAAAUCAAGAGAAAAGUCUGUUGUUUUUUUUUAAAUGACAUUCUAUAUCCGCUUUUUAGUACAUUUAUUGAUGUAUACCAAUUCAAGUCUUUAAAAAAACAAGAUUAGACGCAUGUUAGUAUAGUAUACUGAUUCAGUUUUUAAAUUUGUUUUUAAAGAUUAAAUAUUAUUGAGGAAGAUGAAAAAAUAGCUAUUCUUAUUUUAUUAUCACUCCCAAAAACAAACAACACGCUUUAAAUUACUUUCAAAAUAUUGAUUUUCUAUUAUAUAUUUAAGUAUCUCAAAUUUAUUAAGAACUAGCCGGUAUGUCCGGCGUGGCCUGGGAUUGUAUUAGGACCUUGUUCUGGUGGAAUCCCAAUUGGGACCCCAAACCCUUUCUGACGCCGAUCCCAGCGCGGUCUCAUUUCCCGGUGUGAUCCCUAUCCCGGUGGAGAUAUUCAAGUUUGAGAUCCCGUUUUCUGGUGGGAUCCUGAUCACAUUGGGAUAAGGAUUAUGAUGAGAUCUUGACCCUUUCUUUUCUAUCCAAAAUAUUAAAAAAAAUUACUAAGUGGUAUUAAGAGAUCAUUAACUAAGGGACUGUAUAGAUAGGAAAAUUGGAUAUUAUUAGUUUUAAAUGUCCCAACAUUUCAAUACGAACAAUAACGUCUAUUGCUACCAUGCUACGCCUAUAUCCAUCAACUCACAUAUAGCCUAUAGUGUUGUAAAUCCUGUUGAUAUUUAUAUAGCUUAUAUUAGAAACGAUGAAACGGGGCUUCGGCUCCAGAAGAAUGGAUACAAUGAGUUCAGUACCCUUAUUAUUUAUUUAUUUUUUAUUUUAAGUUAAUCAAGGGGCCCUGGAAAGGGGGGGGGGGCAUUCCAUAACUGUACAGAUUUAGUUAUGCCAGAGAUAAGGGGCUCUAUAAAUAUCAUUGUCCAGUUAACAAAAGUUCUUGUAUUCCCCCCCCCCACGUAGGGUUGCAUGUAAAUGUAAUUUAAAAAAUUUGGAUGGCAGGGGCCUGGAAAGGGGGGGGGGCAUUCCAUAAAUGUACAGAUUUAGUUAUGCCAGAGAUAAGGGGCUCUAUAAAUAUCAUUGUCCAGUUAACAAAAGUUCUUGUAUUCCCCCCCCCCCACGUAGGGUUGCAUGUAAAUGUAAUUUAAAAAAUCUGGAUGGCCAUAUGCGCGAACAUAUGUCAUUGCAUCUUGUGCAUAUUCAUGCAUGUGACGUGGACUUCAAGGUAAUUUCGAGGGUAGUAUAGUCAUUUUCCCCAAUUCAUUUUGAUUCAAAUUGCCAUCAUUUACAAUUUCAUCACAUAAAUGAAUGUACCCUUCGGAACGUAAAUUGCUUUGAUUUAAUCUAAUGCAGAGGAGUCGUUCGGUUUCGAUUUUUGUAUACAUAUCAACAAUGUAUUGAUGGAAUAAUUGUUGACAUUUCAAGAUAUGAUUUUCGGUACUCACACGGAUCAUCAAUCGAUAUGAAUAGCAUUUCAUGGCGUUGACUUUCUUAUUCGAUUCCUCAUCUGUCUGUGGAUUUCUCAAUUUGAUGUUAAAAUGAUAUCCAUCUUCUUCUUUGAAAAAUAAAAUAGGAUAUUGCAAUCAAUUAAAUGAGCGAUUAAUUUCUGAGACUCGCUGAACAUCACCAGUUCUGCGAUGAAGAUUUAUGUCAAGUGAGUUAAAUUCUUCGUUAACUAUAACGAUCGCCACUUCAUCAAUUGAUUGUGCAUUGUAUUGUCUUUCGUGUUGGCCGACAGGUGUUUUGUCUGCUCUAACUAUGACUUUGUAGUCAUCAGUCGGCAUCUUUCCAAUUGCAAUUCUAAACAUUUGAAUUAAUUCGUUGUGUUGCGAAAAGACGUUUGCAAUGCAGCUACGAUUUCUCGUUUAGUGCCUGUAUUGAUAUGACAACGUUGAUCGAUUUGUUCAUCAGUACUCCCCAUGAAAUAAAUUUGAAGAAAUUUGUGAUCUUUCUUUGGCAUUUGCAUCAGAGACCCAGCAAGAUGAUUAAUUUGGCCUUGCACUUUAAAUGUUGGUAAGCAAUUCUCGCACACCAUAUUUGUUGCACCCAAAGAUGUCAUUUGGAAACAUGAAUUGUACUUGCGUAUGUUUGCCAAGAAAUGUUUCGAUUGUCUUGUGUCACCUAAUACCAACGUUGAUAAUGGUUUCGGUGGUGAAUGUAAUUCUGGCCAUUUCACUUUCCCACCCGCGUAGCAAAUUCCGAUGUUUCAUUCUUAAAUUUCAGGGCACUACAAAACACGCAUAAUUGCUCCAUUUUUCCAAUGACCACACUUGGAUGAAGACUGUAAUCAUACUUAGCAUCGUAAUGGAAUGCACUAAGAUUUCAUUCAGCGUUCACUGUAAUGUCUGGAUCGACAAGUGCGUACUCUAUCGGAAUUCAGUCCUGCUUCUGAAUAGCUCUGUUUGAAAUUAUAGUUAUAAAGCUCUUAACAAAAAAAAAAAAAGAAAUUAGGGUCAUUGGCCCAAACGGAAUAUUGUAAAAAAUUGUUGCUAUUUAGAAACAUUUGCGAUAGUGCGCAUUUCAAUUGUUUACGUUUUUUCAUAAUUGGAUGAAUGGUUUAGAAAUUCAUACGAUAAUUAUAUAGAUACAAAAAAGGGUGUAAAACGAAUUUAGAGCCCCCGGCCACAAACGGAAUAUUGCAGAAUUGUUGUACUACUUCAGAAACCUACUUAAUAUGUCAGACACACAAUUGAAUGUCACUAUUUGUAAUUUAUUAAAAAGCUAUCAAUCCAUGCAUUUGCUCUGUUUGAAAUUAUAACUGUAAAGCUUAUAUAGAAGAAACGAACAUAGGACACCUGGCAAAAAACGGAGUAUUUUAAAAUGGUUGUAAUAAUUUUAAACAUCUUUCCGAGCGUAUUCAAAACAUCCCAAAACUGAAUAUUUUAAAACGGAUGUAAUAAUUUAGAAACCUUUAUGGAUAUGCUCGCAACAUCUUACCAUAGUUUUAUCGGAAUCGGAUAAAUGGCGUAAGAGCGCAUAUGGAAAUUAUUUUGUGCAUAGCUCAUAUAAGAAAAAAAAACAAAUUUAGGGACAUCGACUGAAAACGGAACAUUGUAUUAGGGUUGUAACGUUCCAGGUUUCCGGUUGACAAAUCUGUUGUGGCUUGCCGAUUAGGAAGCGUCGGCCACCGACCCCCUCGGCGUGUGCCGGGAAACACAACUACUGGGCACGCCCCGCGUGGGCAGACAAAGGGUGUGCUCGGUACCUGCCGUACAUAAAACAGCUCCCACAGGGCUGCCGGUUGCGAUAUUUCGCAGUCGGAAAGUUAGGCAGAGCCAGGGUAGGGAUCAUGAUUACAAGUUGCCGUUGACGGGUAUGAGGCCAGAGGCGCGGGUGGUAACCUCGGGCCGAGGAUUCAAAUAAUGCAGCGGUGAGAACGCUGUCCCUAGGCAACCGUUUCGUCCCAGCUAGAGCGUGAACUAGUCACGUUGUGGAAACCCACUGUGGAAUCCCUCUUAUAGGGCGUCCGACGCUUUCCCGGGAUGGGUGGGGGAAGAUGUUAGGACGUAAAUUUUCCAUCCCAACUCCUGAGAAAGUCGAUCGAGUGCACUAUUUAAACGCAUAGUGUCGGAUCGACCGGGUGCCUCUUGGUUGGGGCGGCCCCCAGGCGGGAUCCUGGUUGAGCGCCCAGGUGCCCAGGCGGGGGACUUGGGUGAGGGGCCCACGUGGGGGCCGUCCUGACCAAUGGGCAUCUCCAACGUGCCGCUCCGCGGCCCGAUACGACCGGGGAGGGGUAAUUUGGGGGGGGGGAAGGCAUAAGAGUCUAGACUCGCCCCGCUGACGCCAUUUCUUAAUGUAACAUUAGGGUUGUAAUGAUUCAGUUGAAUGGCCGGUUAUGUGGACAAAAACUCACCAAAGUUUUGUCGCAAUCGAAUGAAUGGCGUAGGAGUGCUUACGAGACAUACAAAGAUACAUACAUACAGAUAUUCAUUUAUACAUUUAUAUAUAUAUAUAUAUAUAUAUGUAUAUAUAUAUAUAAUAUAUAUAUAUAUAUAUAUAUAUAUAUAUAUAUAUAUAUAUAUAUAUAUAUAUAUAUAUAUAUAUAUAUAUAUAUAUAUAUAUAUAUAUAUAUAUAUAUAUAUAUGUAUAUAUGUAUAUAUAUAUAUGUGUGUAUAUAUAUAUAUAUAUGAUUGUAUUUACGCUCUGAGCAUUUACUUCGAAUUAAUAUUGCAUAUGCAAUAUUUAAAACGUACGCAGUAAUACCAAUAUAGGUUUACAUAGCUACGCUAAUAACCCUUGUAAUUAACACGUUUAAUUGUUAAGAGUAUAAUGGAUGAGAAACAUAAAUCAAACGAUAUUUAGGAAAAUAACUCGUUCAAAUUGAGAACUGCCUGUAAAAUGUAAAUACUAAUUUUAUGUUUUCUUAGCAACUGAUGCAUUUUUAAAACAAAAAUACUUUUUGCACUUUACAGUCACAAGACUAUUAUGUAAAUAGUUGUAAUUUAGGUAAAUAAAUGUAUGUGGAUUAUGAAGGCCUUUGAAUACGUUAGUAUUGAAGAUGGUGAAUAAACAAAAAUUCGCAACAUGAACUUUAUCAAUCUAUCCUCUUGUAAUGCUCAAGCUGUUCUAUUUCCAACUUUAAUUAGCCUUCUGAUUCAUGCGUUCAAUCUUUUGUCAAGAUCUUACCAUUUAUGCAAUUUUAGUUUAUUCCUUUAGAGCCCGAAAUCUGUAACAUCUUAGGUUUUCACAUAGUAAUGGUGUUAAUUUUCAUUUUUUUUUUCAUUUUUUAAAUGACACAUGGGUUUCUUGCAUAUUUGUCUCUCAGACGUAUUCAACUGGCACUUUCCGCUGGAGUUUUAGUUUUCCGUGUUCACAUUAUCGCUUGCUUGACACAAAUCCCACCUUAGCUGCAACCAAUGCGCAAUCUAUUAUUUCAAUCUCCCCAUUAGUUGUUUAUACAAUAAAUAUAUAUAGCACUAGUGGAUUUUAACAAUGUUUUUCAUAAAAUAACGGCACUCAACAAAACGCAUUCAUGCGUUUUGUUCAAUAUUUACAUUAUAUAAAUGAUUGUAUUAUUGACCUAGUGACAGAUGGCAUAAGUUUUGAUUAAAUCGUUAAGCAAAAAUAAAUGAAUUAUAUAAAUGUUAAUUUCUUUCUUUCGUUAAUACGUCAUUACGUUGAUCGUCAUUUUUAAAAAUGAAAUCUUCCCUACUUCAGGAAAUUUGUGGAUGUGGAUUCAAAUGCUGCCGUCAAAAACAGGUAUGAACAUUGAAAGAAUAUUUUAUAAACAAAGGUAAAUAGUAUUUUAUUAAACCUGAAAAACGUAAAGAAAAAACAAACGAUGUUACGUUUCAGAAAAGAGCUUUCGUAAGCGAAAAAUAAAGUUUACAUAAAGAAUGGAAAAAAAUUGAAGUGAUAAACGUAUCAAAUGUAUGUUCAAGAGCACUGUAACGUAAUUUAGAAAAAUCCGAAUGUCAAAAACAAUAAAUCUUGCAAAAUUAAAAUCAAAAUGGAAAUAUGUUACAAUGUGUUUGAAUUGUAUAUAUUCAAUCUAAUCCCUGUCCCCCAUCUCAUCAUUAUUACUGUGUGUCUUAUAUAGCAUAAAAACGUUGCGAACAGACCAUUUAAUUUAUCUUUCAAUUAUAACUAUAUUUUUCUAUCAGAAUAGACUAAAUUAGCUAAUGACCUAAAGCAUAUUUUAAUAACGAAUUAUAAAUUAAUUCAAACUAUAUUUAUUUUUGCAUUUUUCUGGUAAUUAUUGUUCUUUUAAUUUAGCAGUAUGCAUUUUUUGAAUAUUUGAACAACUUUAAAAGCUUUCUGAACUAUGUCAUUGCUUUGACCAUUUAAACAAUAAAUACUUUUAACCGUGGCAUUCGUCAACAAUCGAAACUUAACAUUUUGGAAUCAGAAUAUAAAAAAAACACACAAAAAAAACAACAACUCAGACAAAGCAAAAUUUUAUUUAUUUUUCUUUAAAGUUUCAGAGUGUUAGUACAUCUCAACCAGUGGAAGAUCGGCUGCGAGAUGCAACAACAACCUGCUGACAGAACUGGCAAAACAAUAAUAUGCUAAUAACACUCCCAUUGAAAAGCAAACUACAGAUAACACUACGAUGGAACUGUUACAACAUGCAUAAAACAACACUCUGGUGUAAACCUUAAUAUGCCGAUACAACUUUGAUGAAACAAGAGCAUACCAAUAAAAUUUCGAUAAAUAAACAAAAAAAACACCAAACAAAUCCGAAAAUUCUCGUGUAACAACAUGUCGUUUGUUUGCCCUCUUUUUCAAACAAUAAUGUACCACGACAAUAUGAUGGAAUAAUAAAAACUAUGAUAUUAUUAUAAAAAUUAAAACAAACAUUAUUCCGAUCCGAUGUCGCCAUUUGUCAAAGGUAAGAAAAGCAUAAGGGUUGAUUUUUUUUUUUUAAACAAGGAGAUUAAUUAACAAGUAUGUCUGUCAAGCAAAUCUUUUUUUUUAAAUGUUGACUACAUAAGAGCUUUUAUUAGGCCGUGUUGAAUAUCAUAUUGAUUUUAAUUAUUUUAUUGCAUGUGGAAAUUCAACAUUACAUCAAAUAUAUAUUAAGCAAAUUAUUUUGAUCCAUUUUCUAUUGUUAUAUAUUAUAUAACGCUAACGACAUGAAUUUACCUUAAAAAAACUGUACUUAAUGACAAUCAAGUAGUGCUACUUGAAUUAAAAUGCAUUAUAGAUCAAAGGUGUUUGCACAAUAACCUCACUUCUCACAUCAAAUCGCAUACACUAACAAUAUCACACAACUCCUAACUUCUUGCUCAACUUAUAAUCUCCCCUACAACGCAUGAUGUCUCACAUAACUAAAUUCUAUUUCACAAAUCAUAUUCUCUCCCACAGUCCACCUUCUUUCCAACUCAAGACCACUACCAAAAGUCGAGCAUAUUUCACUUUUUCAAAUCUCUCCCACAAAUCCACUAAUUUUUAACUUUCAUUUUCUAAGUAGACAGGAAAUGUAUAAUAUGUACAAUUUAAUUUACAUAGUUUGUGUUAGUUAUUACGCUCUAAUGUUUAUUUCGUCCACAAAAAAUUAAAGCUUCAAUUAUUUUAUUAUAUUGUUUUACAAGUCGUUUAUGUCUCAUUUAUUAUUAGUUUAGUUUAUUGUAUGUCAAUAAUACCAAAUAA